UUGACUAAUAAUGAUCAUAACUCAGAAGUUAAGUUCGGUGCCGAUGAAUCCCUCUGCGUACUUCUAUAUCCAGACACUGGAAGUUUGAGUACGGAAAACACACGGCUUGGGCUUCUUUAACUCGAAAGCAAGGAUGGAUUCCACUUUGAACUACCUCGAGCCAGCAAAGUAUGAGCUUUCACCUCUGGAUAUCAUUCCAAGUCACCUCUACAUUUCCAAUGUCUUUUUCUAUGCAAAUAAUGAUGCAUCAAACAUAGACUUCAUGCCUAGACUGCGGCUGGAGGCUUCUCUCUACGCCUCACUUUGGAGAUUUCCAAUUCUUGUUGGGCGAGCCAUGCGCAGUGGGACAUCAAUAAGCAUCAUUGUUGACCCAUCUGACCUGAACUUGCCAUCAUUUGAGGAAACUGGUAGCUCCACCAAGUUCUGUGAGAUCCGCGAAGCCUCAUUCCAUCGUGAUUCCUGGCCCAAUGGCAUCAAUGUCCAGGAUCCUCGUGUCAACUCAUCAGGAACCACCAUCGCAUCGUACUCGAAGCUUUUAGAAGUCCUCAUUGUACGCCUGGCGGAAAACAGUGGCGUUGUCAUUAGAAUUCGCAUUGCACAUUGCGUAUUUGACGCAAAAGGCUGUGACCAGUUUUAUCAGGACUGGGCAAAUGAGUGUUCAAAACGGCUUCCAUCGCAUGACCCGCGACGCUACCACCUACCGUUGCUAAGUCGACGCUUCAUGUACGAGAGGCUUCGAGCCGACCUACAACCGCCUGCCAGAGAACCAUGGAACCUUAUGACAUACAUGGUAGCAGGGCUGUCACUCUUGCUUCGCUGCUUACUCGAAGUUUUCGUUCUAUUUUCGAAGAAACAGGACUCGGCUGCCGUGUUAGAGAGCCAUCUCUUCCGAGUCAAACGAUCCUUCAUUGAGGGUGUACAGCAUGAAGCCGCUACUUUAUCGCUCGGCACGAAGGUGUCUUCCAAUGACGUGAUUGUCUCCCUGUUCACAAUGGCUUUCUUCCAGAGCUCUUACCCCCCUAGUGUUAAGUCUUCACCGCCCGAGUCCUUGUCAGCAAUCGUGCCUUGCGACUUUCGACACCGCCUAAAGGUCCCAGAGAGAUACUCUGGGAGUUGUGCGAUUGGAUUAUACGUCACUGCGCCAACGUCUCUUCUCCGCCUCCCGAUCUCCGCUAAAGCGGUACAACCUAUCGCAGAGGUGGCACUCAUCUCUCGGAAUACUGUGACAGAGGUGUCACAGGCGAGCAUAGAGACCUUUUUGAAACGAGCAUUGCGUGUAAUCACGCUUCUUGGUCACCGGGCAAACGUUUUGUACGCAUCAAUGGUUUGUCAAGCUUUCAGCAACCAAACACGCCUUGGCUAUUACGAUACAGACUUCGGGAAUGGUAGGCCAGAAUUUAUAGCACCAAUGGCGUAUAGCAACACAGUCGCCGUUAUCAUGCCGAGCCGACCAGAAGCAAACGGCGAUAUUGAUGUGUUUUUGACUUUACGUCCGUGGGUAAUGCAGCAGCUUUUAGGGAAUAGUGACUUCAGUGAAUGUAUCGAAUUAGUGUAUUGA